AUGUUUUAUAGGUUUGGAAAGGGAUUUGCUCACUUUUGUGUCUCCAUCCGGUUCCCCAUUUUGGGGUUUCUGUUUAGGGUUUGUACAGGAGUUCCCCAUAGAUGGGGAACGAUUGUACAUCCCCAUCGCAUCCUCAUCCCCAACGAUUUUCCUUUCCCCCCCGCGUCUUCCUUCUCUCUUGCGGUCCCACCUCCUUCCUCCUACCCUCAAGCCUACCGUACUGUGGGCCCUCGCCAUAGCCGCAGUCAGCCCUCCUUCCUCUGCCGUCUCAUCGCCGCCGCGACCGUCCUGUUCGCCAUCCUCGGCCUGCUCUUCUUGAUCACCUGGCUCGUCCUCAAGCCCCGCCUACCGGAGUUCCGGGUCGACUCGGUGUCUGCCUCCCCUCUCAAUACGACUCGCUCCCAGUUAACCGCCGCGUGGAACAUAACCCUCGUAGUCCGUAACCCCAACACCAAGCUUAGCAUCUACUACGACCGUGUGCAGGCCUCUGUCGUCUACAAGGACGGGUCCCUAAUCAGUAUGAUGCCGUUAUCGCCCUUCUUCCAACCGAAGAGGAACGAGACCCGGGUUAGGUUCCAACUCGGUGUGGUAGGUCAGUACGUGGGUGAAGACGUGGCGACAGAGAUUUCGGACGAGAGGGCUGGUGGGUCAGUGGGAUUUGGGGUCAGAGUGCUUGCUUGGAUGAGGUUUAGGACUAGAUCUUGGUGGAGAACGAGUCAAUGUCUGCUUCGGGUUUACUGCGAUUGGAUUCAAAUUGGGUUUGACCCGAGUAAAGCUUCCGGAUCUUUGACGAGUCAACCCGGGUCUUGCACUAAUUAA